GGGGGGCACAGCAAUCCACCACAGCGAGACUUGGGGGCUGUCGCUGGAGAGUGGGGAAGAGUCCCGUUAGUGUCGGCGCCAAGCGGAGGGGCACGGGGAUUUAAAAGGGGAGAGGGAGCUCGGUCACUUUCCCUCCUUUCUCCCCUCCCGAGCUCAGCUGUAGAAAAAUAUGGGAGACGACAGGCCGUUUGUGUGCAGUGCUCCCGGCUGUGGACAGAGAUUUACCAAUGAAGACCACCUGGCUGUUCAUAAACUCAAGCAUGAGAUGACAUUGAAAUUCGGUCCUUCCAGAACAGAUUCCGUCAUCAUAGCAGAUCAAACUCCAACACCAACACGUUUUCUGAAGAAUUGUGAAGAAGUUGGUCUCUUCAAUGAGUUGGCAAGCUCAUUUGAACAUGAAUUCAAGAAAGCCUCAGAAGACGAUGAGAAAAAGUGUUCUGGUCCUCUAGAUAUGUCUCUUCCCUCUACCCCAGACGUCAAAAUCAAAGAGGAAGAGCCUGUUGAAGUGGAUUCUUCUCCUCCAGACAGCCCAGUAGAGAGUCCACAGUCACCACAGCCUAAGGAGAAGGAGAGCGCUUCAAAACCUAUUAUCAUUUCUACACCUACUCCAACUAUUGUACGUCCUGGAUCUCUGCCACUGCACUUGGGAUAUGACCCCCUACAUCCAACUCUCCCUUCUCCAACCUCAGUCAUCACCCAGGCUCCACCUUCCAACAGGCAGCUCGGGUCUCCUACCAGUUCUGUACCACUUGUCAUGCACCUUGUGAAUGGACAGACUAUGCCGGUCCUUCCUGGCCCACCCGUUCAGAUGCCUUCUGUCAUAUCGCUGGCAAGGCCGAUGCCUAUGGUGCCAAACAUUCCUGGUAUUCCUGGUCCCCCGGUUAUCAGCAGUGGCUCAAUUUCACCAUCAGGCUUUCCAGGACACUCUGAAGCUAAAAUGAGGUUAAAAGCCAGCCUGACGCAAGGAGUUACUUCCUCACUGAACGGCAGCAGCAUGAUGGUGGGAUCAGCGAGCACAAUGGUGACUUCCCAUCCUGAACAGGGUCAGAUACUUAUCCAGCACCCUGAUGCACCUUCUCCAGCCCAGCCGCAGGUUUCCCCAGCUCAACCCACACCAAGUACAGGUGGCCGACGGAGACGCACAGCAGAUGAAGAUCCAGACGAACGCAGGCAGCGUUUCUUGGAGCGAAACCGUGCUGCUGCCUCCCGCUGCCGCCAGAAACGCAAGCUCUGGGUGUCAUCCUUGGAAAAGAAAGCAGAAGAGCUCACCACACAGAACAUCCAACUCAGUAAUGAAGUUACAUUAUUAAGGAAUGAAGUUGCGCAACUCAAACAACUAUUGUUGGCUCACAAGGACUGUCCUGUCACUGCAUUACAGAAGAAAACACAAGGUUAUCUUGAAAGCCCCAAAGAGAGUUCUGAGCCCACCGGUUCUCCAGCUCCUGUCAUCCAGCACAGUUCGGUGACUGCAUCUCCCAAUGGGCUGAACGUCCGCUCUGCAGCUGAAGCCGUUGCCACUUCAGUCCUCACUCAGAUGGCCAACCAAAGGACAGAACUAAACAUGCCCAUGCAGUCACAUGUCAUUAUGGCGCCGCACUCCCAGUCUGCUGGCAGAUGAUGUCGCCAGUUGCAUGGCAUAGAACUAACCAAUGAACUGCAGCCAGAGAGACUGAUCAUAACUAAGCCCCUUGUUCAAAAUGGGGUGGAUACAGUUUUUGUUUUGUUCAUUUUGUUCAUUAUUAUUUUGAUUUCUUAAAAAUGAGUGAAGGGCAGCUAUGGAGCUUCUAACAAAGUAUAUCUCACAUAGGUCCUGGCCUCAAACAUCUAUCCUAGGGCCAUCGUCUUUCCGGAGGGUGGCUUUGGAAAAAGUCAUUUUGCCACACUUUAGAGACCAUUUCUCACCCUAUCUAGAAUCAACCAUUUGGAUAGCCUUAUACAGUGUGAUCUUAAAUGGUAUGCAGGUAUACAUUGUGCUAACACUAAGCCUCCCUUAGUUUGGUUAUUCAUGGUGCUUCUUUGUCUUGGCUACUAUAGCAAGAGAAAGCAGUUCUUGGGAGGUGCUGUGAUGUUUUGCUGGUGCUGGCCAUUUUUGUGGAAAACUUUAGCAUCCUGACUGUUUUUGUAGCAUAUCCAUCAACAUGGUACCUGGCCUUCCAUUCUACACUUUCACACAGGAUACCAGCUCGUGGCUCUGAAGGUGGUAAGCUCCAUAAUUUGGUCGGUUUGAACUGUUCAAAUUGUUUUGUGAAGAGAGUAAGAAACCUUCACUCUUAGCUGCUGCAACUGACGGGUGAUUUUGCUGUUCUGGAAGAGAAAAUGGCAGGCCUGUUGUAUGCAUUGUAGAUCACAUAAUUUGUACUAUGCAUAUUAUCAGGGAUACAUUUUUUUGGUCAUGUUGUUAUCUGAUACAAACUUUCAUUCUUGUAGUUCAAGAGGAAGCCUUCAAAACACAAUGGGAAUUCUUUUAUUUUUUUAGGUUACCGGGGGGUGGGGGGAGCUAAGGCGUAUUUCAAUAACGAGAAGGAAGAACAUUCACAAGGGCACCUCUUACUGCAGGGGUGUCAAACUCAUGUCGUCACAGCAGUGUCACGUGAUGUAUCGGGACUUUUUCUCCCUUUGUUAAACCGGGCAUGGGCGUGGCCAACACAUGACGCAUCCGGCCCGCAGACCGGGAGUUUGAUAGCCCUGCUUUAUUGUGUCUAGGGGAAAAAAUAGAAUAAUUCAUACCAGUGUUUCUCAACCUUGUCAACUUUAAGAUGCCUGGACUUUUAGUAGUUGCAGAAUCAUAAGCAUUACAGUAGCAGGUUCAAAGUUACACAGUGCUAAGCUACAGGAUGUAGCUAAACAAAGUUGUUUGGGGACAACAUAAGAGUUAACUCAAUGGCAAAGAAGCAGGAGAAAGUAUUUCUGUUUGCAAAUGCUAAAGAUUCAGUACUCUUAUAAGCCAUGUUCAUUUCAAAAGCUAAGCUGAUACGUUUAACCAGUGAGCUUUUCAAGAUUGUGGCCUUAAAUCAUGGACUAUUUCAAAGACAAAGAGGAUGGGAACAAACAUUCCAAAUUGCUUCCCCUCUUACUAUUUUUUUUUUUUUUUGGUCAAAGGUUUUCCAUUCUAUUUCUCCUUCAGAUGAUGUCACCUAUUGUCUUUUUCCAUCUGUCUCUUCCAAAAUAAAUACCAAGUUUCUUGCACAUUGCUAUCAUAGGGUAGAUUGAAAACAAAAAAGAAGAAUUGGAAGUAAUCUCUCCCUUUUUCUUCUGCUUCUUGUCAAAGUGUGCGCAUGUGCAUCUUGGACUGACCUUGACCUCUUGCUAGUUGGCCAAUGUUUAGCUUGAAUCACAACCAGAGGAAAAGGUGCAGAGUGGUAGUUAGAGUGUAGCUAUGCAACUUGCCAACUCUUCCACUAUUUUGUCUUCCUAAUUAUGUGUCUUUUGUUUAAAUAAAACAUUGUCCUCAAAGGGGCUGUGUACUGUGUGCUGCCAGUCUAUACAAAAAAAAUUAUUAUUCCUCAGUUUCCACCCAAUAGAAAGCACACAUAUAAUACACACACAAAUGCACAUGUCUAUGUAUGUAUGUGUAAUUGUAUAUGUGGCAUGCUAAACUUAAUGCAGGUUUUCUGUUAUUGGUGUUGCUUUCAUCACGAUCAAUCCAGCUUCUCAGGACCUUAAUGUCACUUGCUCUCCCAACUGUUUCCUUGUCUGAAUAUGAUGCUGUUGCUUCUUGUUCUGUUCUUCUGUGACAAAAUGUGUUUUGAAUUUCUGCAGACUUCCUUUUAACAAGCAUUUCAGACCUCCUGUCACUUGUCUUUUUCCUCCUCCUCCCCCCCCUCUUUUCCUUGUUCCCUUGAUAUGCUAAAAAUGCAAGUUUGGCAAGGGCUUUGAAGUAUAACUUGUCCCAACAGGGUAUCUGUUUCCUUAGUGACAGCUCCAAUAACAGUGCACAGCAGGUGUAGCCAGGAUCUUCUCAGGUUAAUAGGACAAGAAAUGAGCUUGCUGGCAAGUGGGACAGAUGAUAAGGUAUUUUAGUUUUCUUUUUUUUUUAAUUUAUGUUACUUUUUUGUACCUUUAGAAACAUAACUGUGCUGCGUUCUUUCAUUUAAAAAAGAACACUUCAGAAUUCUGCUUGUUGUUGAAUGAAUGCAAUGCAGGUCUAGAGAAAGGACUGUAGAAUUUUGGUUUCUCAUAUUUUCCAUUGAAAAGUAAGGGCUCACAAUAGCAUUGAAUUUACUAUCUGGGACCUAGAUUCUCAUUGAGAACGAGUGCUUUGCUAUGAGAAAGAACAAAUGAAGCUGUCAGUUGCACUAUUGGCCAACCUAAUUCAACACUAUCCUUGCUAACAUUGUGGGAAUGGUAAGAAACCUGGAAAGGAAGUAUGAAUGUAUCAACAUUUGCAAGUGAGUGAUAGGUAGAGACUUGCCAAAGGGAGGUUAAAUUUUGGGUGGAUUUCCUUCCGUAGUUCAAAAUGACACCAAAAGAUAGGUAUGGCCCAGCAUUGUUCUUUCUCAGUGAAUAUAUAGUUCCCUCCAAGAGUUGUAUAGUUGAGACACAGAGCAUGACUCAGUAAACCCUAAUAAUUCAGAGCUGUGGCUUAAGAAUAAUCCUCAAACUUAAAGAAGGUCUUUCUUUAUUUGGGGCUGUGAGAUAAAAACCCCAAAUCUUUCUCUUAGAUGGGAACCUUGUUUUAGAGCAAUUGGCAAUUUUGCCUGGAACUUUCUAUAUGAAAAUCAGUUGGUCUUUAAUAUGCUAUAAUCUCUCUCCUAAUUGGACGUGAGGCCGCUUUAGUUACUUCUAGGCAGGGACGUAGAGCAUACUCCCUCAACUUGGCACUCUCUGGAAGGGCUGGAUGGGAUCAAGACUGCAACUCUCCUUGUAACGGACAAAGGAGAAUAUUUGUAGCUCAGGGUUGAAACAAGGAGUCCUUGAUGCUCCUUGAACUAGACUGUUUUCUUGCAGAGAGCACCAAGGACCCUUGGCUAUCUUGGCUGGAAUGAUGGGAGUUGUGAUCCAUCACAUUUGAAUAUGCCAAGCUGAGGAAGGAUGAUCAUUAUUAAAGAUCAUGUGACGUUGGGGUGGCCUUCCCUCUGCCUUAGUUCGUGAUCUGUGCUGCUUGCUAUUCAGUCAUUGUCACUCAGCCUGGUUCACUUAAUUCUGUUGCAGAGUAGACAAAUGUUGAAUCUUCCAGUCAGUGUGAGAGCUGUGCUCAGGCUCUGAGACAGUAAGAAGAAGUGACCUUAACACUCCAGGAACAGGUAAGAGGGCUUGUGGAAAGGACCUGAUUUGAUGGGUCUGGUAGAAUGCGCAAGCUGCUUCUUAUGGGGGACCUACUGUGGUUCAAAAUCAAGGAGUAUAAUAUAAAAGAGCUUUCAUAAAAAGCGUCUCAUUCCAUUAGCCUACCCUAAAAGAACAUGACUGCAGCCCUGUUCCAGGAGUUCCCUGCCUCAGUGCUCCAGUACUUUGGAAUAAGAAGGGAGUGUAGCAAACAAAAGCACGCAUAGUAUAGGCCAAGGGGACAUUCUUAUGCACCCCUGGGAACUCCUGCUAAAACUGGAUAAAUUCCACUCUUCUGUUAGAUUAAGCCAAUCAGCCAGCCAGAGUCUCCGCGUGACAAAAUGGGCGGCAGAUAAAUUUAAUAAAUGAAGAAAUAGAUUAAAGUAUCAUGCUGUUAGAGAUGGAGAAAUGUUUGAGGGGAGGGCCUCAAUAAAAUUAGAAACCAUAUCCACCUUGUCUAUUGGACUCUGCUGUAUCCUCAAC